AUGCAUGUUCCUCUUUUGAACCAAGGCGCUCUGUCGCUGGCCGUGAUUUCACUGCUGGCCUCGACAGUCUCGGCUGAAGUUUUCGACAAGCUCGUCGCCGUUCCGGAAGGAUGGCGAUUCUCCCGCACUCCUCGUGGAGACCAACCCAUCAAGUUGCAGGUGGCCCUCACCCAGGGUGACCCUGCCGGCUUCGAACAGGCCGUGUUGGACAUGUCGACCCCCGAUCACCCCAACUAUGGCAAACACUUCAAGUCCCACGAAGAGGUUAAGCGCAUGCUGCAGCCUCGGGGUGAGUCGGUGGAGGCCGUUCACCAGUGGCUUGAGAAGGCUGGCAUCACCCACAUCCAACAAGAUGCGGAUUGGAUGACCUUCUACACCACGGUCGACAAGGCCAACAGCCUCCUGGAGGCUAACUUCCAGUACUACCAGAAUGUGAACAAGCCGGCCGAGCGUCUGCGCACGCUGGAGUACUCCGUCCCCGACGAACUGGUCUCCCACGUCAACCUGGUCACCCCAACCACCCGCUUCGGCCAGUUGCACGCUGACGAUAUCACCAUGCACGGCAAGUCUCUGAUCGUCGAUGAGGAUUUCCGUCAAGCGGCCAACCCAGCCAGUAGUGACUGCAACAGUGCCGUCACCCCUCAGUGUCUCAAGGACCUGUACAAGGUCGGCGACUACAAGGCCAGUGCCUCUAUUGGCAACAAAGUGGCUUUCACUAGCUAUCUGGAGCAGUACGCUCGCUAUGCGGACCUUGCUCUCUUCGAGAAGAACCUUGCUCCCUAUGCCGAGGGCCAGAACUUCACCGUGAUUGAAUACCACGGUGGUUUGAAUGACCAGAGCUCCCCCAAGGACAGCAGCGAGGCCAACCUGGACCUGCAGACCAUCAUCGGGCUAAGCUCUCCUGUCCCCGUCACUGAGUUCAGCACCGGUGGUCGUGGCCCCCUGGUCCCUGAUCUGGACCAGCCUGAUAUCAACGACAACAACAACGAGCCCUACCUGGACUUUUUGCAGAAUGUCGUCAAGAUGAGCGACAAGGAGCUGCCCCAAGUCAUCUCUACCUCCUACGGUGAAGAUGAGCAGAGCGUCCCUGCAAGCUACGCCCGUACCGUCUGUAACCUCAUUGCCCAGCUCGGUGGCCGUGGUGUCUCCGUCAUUUUCUCGUCUGGUGACUCCGGUGUUGGUUCUGCUUGCCAGACCAAUGAUGGCAAGAACACCACUCGCUUCCCCGCCCAGUUCCCCGCCGCCUGCCCCUGGGUGACCUCAGUCGGUGCCACCACCGGCGUUGCCCCCGAACGCGGCGUGUUCUUCUCCUCCGGUGGUUUCUCCGACCUCUGGGAACGUCCCUCGUGGCAGAGCCACGCCGUGAAGGCCUACCUCCACAAGCUCGGCAAGGUCCAGGCCGGUCUCUUCAACCGCGAGGGCCGUGCUUUCCCCGACGUCUCUGCUCAGGGUCAAUCCUACGCCAUCUACUCUGGCGGUCGUCUGGGCAAGGUUUCUGGUACUUCUUGCUCUGCGCCCGCUUUCGCUGGUCUCGUUGCUCUGCUCAACGAUGCCCGCAUCAAGGCCGGCAAGUCCACCCUGGGCUUCUUGAACCCCUGGUUGUACAAGCACCCCGACACCCUGAACGACAUCACUGAGGGUGGAAGCACCGGCUGUGACGGCAAUGCCCGUUUCGGCGGUAGUCCCAACGGCAGUCCCAUUGUUCCAUACGCUAGCUGGAACGCUACCAAGGGCUGGGACCCCGUCACCGGUCUUGGUACUCCUAACUUUGAGAAGCUGCUCAAAUCUGCUGUGAAGCAGAAGUAA